CGACAACAACCCCCAUUAUGCGACAUUGUGUGUCAGCACCCAGCCCCGGCAGCUACACCUCUGGGAGGAAUUCAAAUCUGCUCCCACCUAUGAAUAAACGCUCUUCAAAAGGUCUGCGAGCCUCCUAGUCGGUAAGUGACUUCUCCUUCCUGCUGUAUAUCGUUUGAAAAUGCUUGAAGACUGGGAGAAAUGCCAAGGACCGAGGUCCGAUCCGUCCAUGAACCGUCACAAUCCUGCAUCAGAAGCAUCACAGGACAUUUCCCAUGUGUUGGCAAGCGUCUUCAAGGACCUCUACACGAAAGAGGUCAUGAGCAAAGAGACUUUGUCCAAUCUCUCCAAGACAAUGAAGGGACGAAGUGGAUACCAUGAAAGAUAUAUUGAAGAGCUUCAACAGGCCCAUGCUGAAUAUGACCGGCGUAUGAAAGAGGCAGAUAUGCUGGAGAGUCAUAUAAUUCAGGCAAGAGUCCAUGCCACCGCUUCAGAAAGCCAGGCUGCUGAAAGAUUGUUACAGGAGGUGGGGGAGACUGAAUGCCUGGGCCUCCCUCCAGGCAAAUCACUCUUUGUGCAUUGUUUGGACGAUGACCUUCUCAAAAAGUUCAACCUGAUUUGCCCCCAGGACUACCUACCUAGACCAGCUCCGCUGAUAGAGGCACCAGCAGUGAAACCCAGCCUCAAUUAUACCAAGCCCACUCUCGCCUAUAACAUCCGCACAUGCAGAGAUCCUCCCGAUAAAGGUUAUUCCCCGACACGCCGUGCAGAAAAGACCCGCCAUAACCUGCAGGAGGAGUCAGAGUGCAGCUUGACCCUAGAAAAAAGCACAGACACCUACCCAAAGAGGAAGACCGAGAGCGAGAGACCUACCCAGGUGCGUUCAAAGCGAACGGUGGAGCGGAGUGCAAAGAGUCGGGCAGAAGAGAGGGCUGCACUUCAAAAGCUUCAAGACAGACAGAAGUUCCUGCGCAACCCACGGUUCCUUCCCCCGAAUGCGCAGCCAGGUGGCAAAUCCCUUAUCCGACCGCAGGACAAAGCAGGAAGGAUGGUGUGUGGCAGGAAAAAAGGGCACGGGCGUUUUGUCUCCAUAGAUGAGCCCACUCCAGUCUUCCAGGCAAAUCCCGCAGUGGUCUGUUUCACAGGGUACAGUGUGGGGCAAGUGUAUGAGACUACACUGGAGCUGAAAAAUCUGACUGCCACAAGCCGCCACGUCCGAGUCAUCCCCCCUGCAACUCCUUAUUUCUCCAUUGGACUGGGCAGGUUCCCUGGUGAGAGUGGUGUCGUCGCCCCAGGGAUGAGCUGCAAGUACACGGUGCACUUCGCUCCGGACUCCCUGGCGGACUUUGAGGAUUUCAUUGUGGCGGAGAGCCAGGCUCAGUACCCUCUCCUGGUGCCUGUUAUGGCCCAACAACCCCCUCCCAUACUCACUCUACCUAAGGUUCUGGACUGCGGCUACUGUCUUACUGGAGGGGUGAAGUUUGUUGAGCUGCUUUGUCGUAACGAGGGCCUCAGUACUGGAGCCUUCUGCAUCAUCCCCAAGAGCCAGUGGCCGGCCUCGAACCUCAGGUCUGUGGUAACAACCAGCUUUGCUGAACAGCCACCCUUCGCCAUAAGUCCGUCACUCUUUGAGCUUCGGCCCGGAGAGACCACAGUAGUGGAGGUUGUUUUCUUUCCCACCACUGCUGAGAAGCACUCCCAGGUCUUCGCUAUUGUGUGUAACAACUGCCAGGUGAAAGAUAUCACCAUUCAAGGUGAAGGUCAGCUGAUUGCGCUAGACCUGGUGUCCGUGUCUGGUGAGGAAGAGCAGCCCGCGGCGGGGGAGCUGCAUGAUCUCACUGCUGAGCACUUUGUGCGUUUCAGCCCAUGUAACCCCCACUCCACGCAGCAGAAGAAGCUUCUGAUCAGGAACAAUGCCCACCUGGAGCUGCCAUUCCACUGGCAGAUCAUGAAGCCCAACUUGCAGCCCCUGCUUCCGGGGGAGACCCCAGAUCCCACCCAUAUCCAGUUCCACCUGGCGACAGACAAUGUGUUCAACGUGAGCCCCCUUACAGGCACUAUGGCCCCCUGCCAGGAUCACGAGUUCCUCCUCACGUUCUGCCCUAAGGCGUUGAAGGAUUACCACAGUGUGUGCCACCUAGUCAUGAGGGACAUCCCAGAGUUGCAGGUGCAGUUGAGUGACAACGGAGCCCCACAGGCCCCGAGCAGAGGCCCUGUGAUGACUGACAUCAUCGUCAUGGAGAUAGAGGUCAAAGGCUCAACAGAGCCCCAUCAGGUCCUGCUGGAGCCCUACGCCAUUCAAAUCCCGGGAGAGCUUUUCAUUGGCGCCAUGGCCUGCAGGGAGUUCAAGAUGUGGAACCACAGCAAGUCCUGUAUCUUCUUUCAAUGGGAGCGCAUAAGUGGUUGCCACAUGAUAGCAGUAGAGCCCUCUGCUGGUAAAUUAGAGAUGAAUGAGUGUUUUGAUCUGGAGCUGGUGGUGACUGGGGGGAAACCAGGCAGAGUGGUGACCAGUCUGCUGUGCCACAUAGACCACCACCAGCAGCCCAUCACUCUGGCCGUAGAAGUCACUUUCAAGGGUCCCGUGGUGACCUUCAGUGUCCCCAGUCUGGAUCUGGGACUGGUGAGGCUUGGAGACCAGACCCUGACCACGGUGCUCCUCAGCAACACCACCCAGCUGGAGGCCUCCUGGUCCCUGGAAGAGAGGAAUGACAAUCAGCAGGACAUCCAUCACCCACAGGUCAUGGUGGAGCCCAGCAGAGGCCUGCUGCCUGCCAUGGCCUCCAGCAGUGUGGACGUUGUCUUCAGAGCGCUGUCCUGCCGGCACUUUGAGACGGUGCUGGAACUGGCAGUGGAGAGCGGAACAGGAGGUCACUUGUUAGUGCAGGCGGAUGUGCAGUCCCCUCAGGUGUGUCUGCUGAACUGUGAGCUGGUCUUCUCUGAACUCUAUCUGGGGGUCCCUGCCACCGGCACCGUGACUCUCUUCAACCAGACCCUGCUGCCUGCCAGCUUCACUUGGACGCCCCAGCUCCAAGGCAAGCAAGCUUCACUUUGUGCUGUCAGUUUCCACCCGUCAGCUGGUACUCUGGGACCGAACGCCACCAUGGAGAUCACAGUUACCUUUACCUCUCACACAGAUGUAAAGCUGAAUGAGGUGGCAGCCCUUUGUGAGGUCCAGGGGAUGAAGUUGCCGCUUGCGUUGGGCUUCUAUUCCAAAGCAAAGACAAUCCGUGUGUCUUACUCGCUGCCCACUGACUGCGCUGUCUCAGGUGAUCAGGAUGCCUCAUCACUGGUGCUGGACUUCGGCGAUGAUGUUAUUUUGCAGACGGCUGUCACAAAGCAGCUGAUGAUAACCAAUCAUACAACUAUCCCCACCUCUUUUACCAUAGAGGUGGAGUAUUUCACCAGCCGUCAUGUAUCCUCUUCAGAACCAAAUGACCAAUCACAGAAAAGGUCCACAUAUAAAAGAAAACCGCUCCACUCUGUCCAAGCUAAGAAAGAAGAAGACAGAGCGCACAAGGAGUUUGUGAGCAGCCUGCUGGCUAAUGGAAAAGGCGCAGCUUUCUUUCUCCUUCCUGCCACGGGAAUGCUGGAACCGUUUGAGACCCAGACCAUAGACAUCACUGCCUUCAAUGACAUGUGGGGAGAAUAUACAGACCACCUUAUAUGCAGAGUGGGUGAGCUCGAGCCCCAGUUCAUCAGCAUGCAGAUGACUGUGAGGGGCUGUCCCCUUUACUUCCAGAUGACCGGCCCUCAACCCAGAGACCAGAACCAGGGACCAGUUGUACGGUUUGGGACUCAUGUAUCUGGAGGCGACACAGUGUCUCGCUCCCUCCGCAUCAACAACCCCAGCUCAUAUGAUAUCCAUAUGGACUGGGAGACUUAUAACAUAGACCCGGAUGACAGGAAGCCAUUGGAUGUUGUAGUAGCCUACGAGGACACCUUCCGUGUUAAGGGUGCUGAUGGCAAUGAGGUGGUGGGCGGAGCCUCAGUACUCUCUGAUGACCAUCACCAACCGAGCCGGGAUGGAAGCCACACCCCCAGUUCUGAGAGAAUGGCCUCGUCCAUCCAAAGCAAGGCUGAUGUAGGAGAUGAAGAAUAUACCACUGAGGAGGACAACACAGAGGAAGAAAGCCAUCCACAUCCUUGGUAUCCAAACAGGAAGCGACUCUCCGACCAUAUCAGGCCUCAAAGGGGCAACCUCUCAGAUUGUCCAUACUGCAUCACACCGCAGCAAAUAGUGGUUCUAGCCAAGGGGAGUGGCACCAUCCAUGUAUCCUUCACACCCCUGACUCUAUCAGGUCCAGCCUGUGAGUCCAGAUGUGUGGGCUUGGCUCUGGGGUUCAUGAGUUUGGACUCUAAGAUGGCUGCUGGUGUCCCGGGUAAAGUUAAGAGGGCCCAGGGUUUGGACGUGGAGCCUGUCAGAAUGGAUCUGCAAGCUGUCAUUAAACCUGCCGUGCUGCUGCUGCAGAUGGAGGAGGAGGAAGAGGAGGAGGGACUCAAAUUCCACGCCUCAGCUGCUGAUUUACUGAAGGGAGAGUCCGAGAGCGAGCUGUCAGUGGGGGAGUUGUACGUCACCCGCAGCUUCCAGCUGAGGAACUCAUCAGAGAUGCCCCUGCACUUCAGUCUGGGGACGCAGGCACCGUUUUUUGUGCUCCAGCCUCAGCCCCGCAGGGCCCAGACCAGCAGUUCCAGUAACCCCUCCACCAGUGACAGCCACCCUCUGGUCCUCCUACCUCAAGACAGCAUGCAGGUUAAAGUGGCAUUCCACUGCUCCCCGUCCCUUCUGGAUUAUGUGAGUCAGGAUAAAGAGGAAGUCCCACCAACAGUGACCAUGAGCUGCAGUGCCAUUGGUCAGAAGAAGCUGGUGUUCCAGCAGAGCCUGCUGGUUCGACAUAGCAACAACAGCCUCCAGACAGUACCCCUCUGUGCCGAGCUGUAUCUGGCCACACUCUCCCUGGCCCCUGACAGCAUCGACUUUGGCAGCUGCUACGUGGGGCAAACACAGGUCGUGGAGGUGAAGCUGCUUGGCGAUGAGCCCUGUGGACAGUGGAGGGUAGUCAUAGAGUCAGACGAGUCCCACGUGUUCAGAGUGACACCAGGAUGUGGGGUACUCAGGCCCCAUGAGCCUCCGCUCACCGCCUGCAGACAGCCUCUACAGAUCAGCUUCACUGCCAGUGAGGAGAGAGACUUCAGGGCCACAGUGAUGGUUCGGGGGCCUCUGGUGAUGCCCCCCCUCACUCUGCAAGUCCAGGGAAGAGGAUCCUUCAACGAGAGGUUCAAAUCGAGCCAGGUUUCCUUGUAAUAACAACGACCCCCGUGUACAUGAGGAUUUCCUACUUUCUUACCUCAUGAUUGUGUUUGCUGAAGUAUGACUUUUACUCUUUAACUUUAUGUAUUAGAGACAAACAUGAAUUACCCUGAUGAACUUGUCAGAGCUCUCUGUAAUGAG